GUCGUCUUCAGCAUGACGCGCACGCACAGCCUGGGCACAGUGGGCAAAACCCGGGUUCCGCAUGUACUUACGAGAAGGAAACUGGGACAUCGAGUCACAUCUCACAGAGGAACCGGGUGCGAAACGCGGUCAGAAUUGCCUGAAUACUGCCCUUUUCGAGAUCCGAUGGAGUUGAGCCGUCCGGGGCUGGAGAGGGCGGGGAAUUGACGAGGGAUUGACAGGAACACAGCCUUUUGCAAGCCUUGCCUAUCCAAAUCGGGCUAGGCUCAGCCUCGCCGAGUCGGACCGUGGAGAGGGGGAACGCGACGUGAAUGUUUACCACAAAAUUCACUCAUUCACCAAGACACCACCAAAAUGCUCUCCCUACCGAAUCUGGAACCUCGGGAUUCCUACACGUUGUGGUACACCUCAUCCACGUCCAACAAUCCCCCCCCCUUUGUCGAAGCCAGCAACAACGCCAAUGACCCGCCCACGCAAGGCCAGAAUGCAGGACCACAUCCACACCGCCGCCACAAUGCGCUCCAUCGGACGCCCUUGGUCCGAUUGCGAUUGGACGAGGAAUACAUGGAGCGGAGGAAGCUGAACAUCCAGAAUUAUGGCAAUUCGUGGAUCAAGCCGCCCGGCAUACCGAAGUCCUUGCACCAGCUACGCGAGGAGAAGAGGGAGAUGGAGGAGCACCAAGAAGCUUUGCGACGCGAAGCGCUUGCACAAGAGCUCGCAGAGGCAGAAGCUGAAGGUGUCGAUGCUUUGUUGCAGGGCGAGGGGAUGGACCCCGAAAUGGAAGAAGCGCGAGACCUCGACAACGACGUUCCCGAAGCCGACACAACAAAUCCAGACGUCGAUGGUCCCGAGAGUGAGGAUGAAGAGAAUGAUGUCGAGGAUGUUCCCAGAGGCGUCUUAGCGGCACGAAUUCCUGAUGAUGUUUACAGAGAGGCUAUAAUUCGUGGAGAGGACGUUCGAGCCGCUCGAUUUGGUAACGAUGGCGGAUCGACUGUUGAUGAAGAGGACCAAUCCCAGAUGCUUCAGGAAGAGGACCUAGUCCACGAAGCAAGAGGCCACCAUGAUAUGGAUAUGGACAUGGAUGCGGAUCUGGAUGCAGACAUUCCUGAAGCCGAGGCUGGGAGCUACGAGCAUACGGACACAGAGGCUGAGCUCACCAGCAGUGAUGAUGAGAGCCUAGAUGAUGGGCGCUUGCCCCAACGGAAUAUUGUGACUACGAGUAUGGUCAGGAGUGAUGGAACCCAGAACAGCAUGGAUUUGGGAAGCCUCAUGUCGAAUGGGAGCAGCCAGAUUGGCAGCAGUCCUAGGACGAGAGGUGCUCCACGAGGCAGAAACAGGCGCUCGUAAGCGGGAAAACAUCCUCAAAUAGGCAUCGUUCCAGAAAUCAAAGGUAUUAAUAUAGCCUCCCUGCGGCUAGAAGCAAUAAAUGAUUUAUCUUACAAGCAGCGCCCAACGCCUGGUUUAAUGCAAUCCCGCUGUCUCUUCUGUUCUUUCUCCCAAUGCCCACCGUAUAAAGCGAAUGCAGUUCCUAACUCUCAGAAUACCCAUACGUAGAAAAAGAGGAACCCAACAGCAGCAAAGAAUGCAAGCCAAACCUUCCAACCCACCCCUGUUCGUUCUGCCAUCAAGAGCAUCCUGUUCAUCGUGCCUCUUAACCUGACCCUCGUACUAUCAAACGAGUCAUUCAUCUUCUCCGCCAGUGCUGAACUCUCUCGAAUCUCG